UUGAUCGUGAGUUUUAUUGUAUCAAAGGUAUCAGAGCUGUGUCAUCCUCGGAAUCUAUGGAGGAAACGCGAGCUGAGACGAAGGUGAACGAAGCUAUGGAUCGUGAAAAGUCGUUGGUGUUGCGCUUAGACAGGCUUCACGAUAAACUCGAGAAACAACAGGCAGAGAGGGAGAUGUAUUUUGUUGCGAUGCUCAAGAUGCUUCGAUUACACAUCGGCGAAGGGGAUAGUGAAGAAUUGGUGAACAUUGAGGUUGAUGUUGAGAAAGAAUCGUUCUCAGAUUCUGUUAUUGCUUCACAGUUCCCAGAGGUUCAAGUGACUCCACAACAAGAGUUGCUUCACGAAACAGUUUCGAUUGGGGAUAUUGAUUCUGAGCUGGAGACAAAAUCGACUGAACACAUGUCUCUAGUAGCGAUCUCGGAGGAAGAACUAAUUCCACCAUUUCAGGUAUCGACUUCUUCAUUGGAACCUAGCCUUCAAUUUCACAAUUCAUCAACGGUUGUUUGUGAGGAUUCCCAAUCUGUUGUUGGCUGUGCUGAUUUGUACUUGUUUGAUCAUCAAGAAGCGGUUUUGGUUUCGUAUGCGAAAGACGAAUCUACAAGUGUGACUAACAAUCAAGUUGCACGCCAACUGUUUGGUAGAAGGUCUCAGGCUGCAGAAAGACUGGAAUUGCAGAAAAAGCGGAAGGACUUGAAAUCUUGGAUGUUUAAGUAUAAACAAAGGAAAGGGAGAUCGUGGAGGCUACACACUAAGGUGUUCUCCUUCCCAAGUUUGUGUGACCAUCUGAUUGAUAGGAUGAGAACAAGAAUGAAGAGAAAGUUGUUUGGUGGAAUUGAUAUCAGAAAAUUUGGGAACUUAAUUGUUGAUGGAGAAGCUCAUGAAGCACCACGGUACAUGACGUUUCCACAUGAAGCAAAGAAGAUAUCAAUAGCGAUUAAACCUUGGAUUUUCAGAUUCAAAACAACGAAGAGUGAUGCAGGCCGUGAACAACAAACUGUGUAUGAGCAGAUUAGAAUGGUGAAGGAGUGGCUAUUGCAAACAAGUUUGGUUAUGCAACAAGUUAUGAGAAACAAAAAGUUCAGGUUGUGCAAGCGGUGGUGGUUCAAAUAUAAAUCUGUAGAAGAGGGUAUGAAGCGACUGCAGAUCCAGUUGAGGUACAAGCACAUGUUGUAAUUUGAAGAGUGGUUCAGACGUUGGGGCAUACAAGAAAACUGGAGGAAGCACAAGCCCUUGCAACUUUUCAUAAUUUCACAUAUGAAGAUUCUGAACGGUGAUUGGUGGUAUGACAUUGUGCAACUUGGGAACCCUGCAACUUCUACAGUUUUGUUCAUUCUUAAUGAUCAAAGACUAGGAGUUUCAAGUCUAGUAGACGUUGACCUGGAGAUUGUCUCGGAUGGGGAUCAGAUUCACAUUGAUUAUAAAGUGAUAAGUUGCAAAAAUCAUGCGGUUUGGAUUACGCAUUUUUCAGGCCAAGAGUACAAGCUCAUUUUAUACAGAGACAGUCUCAGAAUGCAUCUAUGAAAGCAGAGAAAACUUCCCAAGAGUUGGAGUUUUAAGUACAAAUAACUGAAGAGUUUCUGAAAUGAUCUUAAAGCAGAAGAUUGGUUUAAUGUCAAAGUAGAGCUGCACUAGUUUUACUAAGCAGACACACUAACGCUCCAAAGAAGCCACUUUACAAUGUCUAUGAUUUGCAGAGGAGUUCUUGCCACUAAACCUUGAGGUCAAGGUUUCUCAAAGGGGGGAGAUUUGAUACAGGAAAGAAGGAUUAGUUGGAGAGAAGAAGAACAUAGUUUGGAUGUGGCUGACGUGGAGGUUUUGAGGAAUCUGAUUGGAGGGAAAGGAGCCAAUGACGUGGUGUGCGUUGUUGUUGUUGACCAUUAACGACAUUGAAGUAUAAAGAGCCGGAGGAGUUCAUUUGCAGAGUUAUGAAAAGAAUCUGAAAUUUGUAAAAAAACCUAAAAAUCUCUAAAAAGUUUUUCUGAGCUUAGCUCUCAUCUUGAGAGUUAACAUGAUCGAUUCUAUGUUUUAUGAACAUUGAAUUGGUUGGUUGAUUGAUCGUGAGUUUUAUUGUAUCAGUUUUUGCCUUUUGCAGAGACUUGGAAGAUGAUCUGAGGAAGGCCUUCAACAAUUAUGUGGAGACCCUAUUAGGAGAAAGCACAAGGAAGUUAUUGCAUAGGUACAUGAUGAGCAAACGGAAGCGAGAGUACUUGGCAUGGUUGAAGGAUGUUAAGAAAUUUAUUCGUUAAUAGCAGUCAAAUUUGCUUUCGCAUUCCGCACAAUCUUAUGAGUUCAAGUUUUUAGAUAUGCGAGUUUGGUAUUCACUUC